AUUACAUUUUUAAACAUUCUCUGUUUGCCUAUACCGAGCAUUUGACUUUUCUCUACUUUGUUUACUUAACUUUUUUGUAUUUAACGGCCGGUUUGCCGCUUUACGGUUAGAGUCUUGAAUCCCUGGGAAACGCGAACAACUGUCCUGCGAAGUUUGGAUCAAGUGUUUCACCUUCAGCCGGAAAAUAAACUGGACAUUUACCCGCCAGACUAACGGAAAUGACACCGCGGGGCGUACGGGCGUUUAUGGAAGUAUUUCGAAAAGUUGUAAUUCACAUUUAAGGCCUUUUCAUUUCAAACCCAGUGUUUAGGGAAACGGGACAGCGAGAGACAAUAGUGGUGUGAAAGAGAGAGCGAGAGAGAGCUCGUGCAGGAGGGGAGGGGGGAUCGAUGCCUCGCGGGGGCUUUGUUCUGUCCCGUGUGGUGACCUACCGCGAGCCCGCUGCGGAUAUCGACUGACUCUGCCGGUGGAUUUAUGAUUGCUUGGUGAUUGAUACACGGACUCGGGGGGCCGUCGGAACAACCAUGGACGUGACUCUGUCCGAGUUGCUGGCCACCUUCAUGGAGUCGCCGCUGGUGGUGUGGGUGAGGACGCUGGGUCCUCUGGGCUCGUGCGAUGAUGCGGGCUCCGAGGAGCGCGUCAACAUGUUCAUGGAGCUGGUGGAUGGCGUCUUUCUGCACAAGAUCAUGACACACAUCGACCCCAGCCCAACCAAUCAGAGGCUGAACAAAAACGUGAACAAUGACUUGUCUCUUCGCCUAUACAACCUGACCAUUCUCACCAGACACAUCAGGACGUACUACCAGGAGACCUUACAGCAGCUAAUAGUCAUGCCCCUUCCUAACAUUCUCUGCAUCGCCAAGGAUCCUAUAUCAGCUAAGAGCAUGGAGCAGCUGAAAAUACUUUUGUUGCUGAUACUAGGCUGUGCUGUCCAGUGUGAGCGUAAGGAGGAGAUGAUAGAGAAGAUCAAGCUGCUGGACAUUGAGACCCAAGCUGCCAUCGUCUCUCACAUCCAGGAGGUGACCCACAACCAGCUGAACGUCCUGGACCUGUCCUGGCUGGAGGACGAGUUGCAGCUGGCACAGGAUGAGCUGGAGCCUCUGUCCCGCAACAUGGCGGCAUCGCUGCAGCAACUGAUCGACCAGAGAGACAAAGCCAGUGAGGUGAUUGUGGAUCUGACCCAGGAGAGGGACUACUUGUCCAGUCAACAGCCCCAAGAAUGGUGCAGGAACCUGGGCAUGAGCAGCCCAGACUGUGGGCAGAGUUCUGGAGGAGUGGGAGUAAUGAAGGGGGGCUCGGCUGUGACCGGGCUGACCAAAGAGGAGAAGCAGCAUCUGUCCGUGGAGCUCGCCGACACCAAAGCCAAGCUCCGCAGAUACAGACAAGAACUGGAGGAGAAGACAGAGCAGCUGAUGGAUUCAAAACAUGAAGUGGAGCGACUGGAUCAGGAGUUACAAAGACAGAAACAAGAGAACCAGUCGCUGUCUUGUGAGGCUCGUUCGGUCCGAGUGUACCGGGACGAGGUGGACUCACUGAGGGAAAGAGCGGCGCGGGUCGACCGACUGGAGACUGAACUGACCAGGUGUAAAGAGAAGCUCAACGAUGUUCACUUCUACAAGACCAGAAUGGAGGAGCUUCGCGAGGACAACCUGACCCUCAUGGAGACAAAGGUGCUAUUGGAGGAGCAGCUUUCCACCUCCAGGGGGCGCUGUGAUAAACUGCACACGCUGGAGAAAGACAACCUCUUACUUCGGGCAAAAACACACGACCUGGAAAUGGACAGGGACAAUGAACGUCGGCGGUUGGAGGAGCUGGUGGAGGAGAACAUGCUGCUGGAAAUCGGACAGAAACAGAGUAUGAACGAGUCGGCUCACCUGGGCUGGGAGCUGGAGCAGCUGAGCAAGAACCAUGACAACACUAACACAGACACUCGUAAGUCGCUGGUCGAUGAGCUGAACGAGUGUGUUUCCAGUCGGGUGUUGAAGCUGGAGAAGGAGAACCGGGAGCUUCAGGCCUCCAUAGAGGGACUGAAAGAGGAGAACCACCUCCUGCAAGAGCAGCAGCUUCACACCCAGGAACGAAACAGGGAGAACCAAGGCCUCAGCAAGAAGGUGGACUGUCUCCAGGGUUUAUUGGACCAGGAGAGACUGACCAAUCAGGACAUGGAGUCCCUGGGAGAGGAAAUAUUGAAGGAAAAACAGAUUCUGGGCAGAGAUAUGCAUACUCUGAGGGCAGAAAAAGACAGACAGAUCUCACAGUUGGAGAGCGAGAAGCAGCACCUCUCUGACGCCGUGGCGUCCCUUCAGGAGCGCGCUCAGUCAAACGACGAGGCGACCGUCCGGGAGGUGGAAACGGAAAACCGCCUACUGCAUCAGAGCAUCACUGACACCAGCUCCCGAUUGGCCAGCUUAGAAACCCAACUCAAACUAGCCAGUGAGGAUGCAGAUAGGCUGAGGGAGAGGGCGGGGCGGUGUGAUGAGUAUGAGCGUGAAGCGGCGAGGCUGGAGAGGAGCAGGGACUCCCUGAACAGAGAGGUGGCCUCUCUGCGUGCAUGCAGCGAGCGGUCCGAGGCUCUAGAGAAGCAGAUGUCCUCCCUGGAGCAGGAGGUGCACAGGCUGAAGAGGGAGGCAGAGGAGGCCCAGCGGGAGCAGCAGCGACUGGUGAGGCACGAGGCAGAGAACAGCCUGCUGUCAAAGGAGAACCUGGACCUGCGCUGCUCCCUGGAAAACCUGCGCUCCUCAUCCGCCCGCCUGGCCACCCUCCAGGAGGAGCAUAAAGAGGCACAAAGAGAGACGCAGGAUGUGCAGAGGAAGCUGGAGGAGGCCCGAGAGGAGGCCCAAGGAGAAAGGAAGAGGGCGGAGAGGCUUGAGCUGAUUGUGGCAGCCCUGAACCAGGAGAAGCAUCGCUUGGGGGAGGAAGUACAGAGGAGCAGAGAGGAGAGGGAAGACGAGGAGAGCGAGAGGCAGGACACCCAGGCCCGAGAAGAGGAGCUGAGAAGGGAAGUAGAAGAGAUGAAGGAGGAGCGGAGAAGGAGGGAGGAAGUUGAAAAGGAGAGGAGGAAGCUCCAACUGGACUUGGAGCAGUCAGAGAAGGGCAGAAAGCACCUGGAGAAGGAGAGCUGGAAGAUCCGAACGCUGCUGGAGGCGAAAGAAACAGAGCUGGAGGAGAAUGCCACACGAUUGGCUACUGUGAAGAAGGAGGGCGCAAUUCUGGGUAAGGAAGUAGAUAGGCUGAAGGAGGUGUCAGUCAAAGCCAAGGAGUCGGAGAGGGAGAACAAGGAGCUGCAGAAACGGGCAACUAUUGACAAGAGGACUCUGGCCACUCUGAGAGAGGAGUUGGUGUCGGAGAAGCUGAGCGUUCAGCAGCAGAGUGUUGAGUUGGAGAGACUCAAUCAAGAACUGGAAAAGAUCGGCCUGAACAGAGAAAAGCUGCUACAGCAAGAGCACACACAGGAGGACAGCAGGUACAGGCUGCUAGAGUCUCGGCUUGAGGAAACUGUCCAACAGACGUUAAAAGUGAGAGAGGAGAAAAUCUCCCGUCUAGAAAGGAAACUGGAAGAGAGCAACACGCUCAACACUACGCUACGUGCUAAGCUAACCACUGUAAGCAUGUGCGCACAAACUUCUUUCAAAGAAGUUUCCGGCUUGUAUUUUAAAAUGUGUAACAAUGUGUUUUGUUUUUUCCAGGGGGAAGAAAACCAUAACUAUCAGCAGUGCUCGGGAGGUGACCGGAGUCAAGGGUCAGCCACUGCCGAACUGCUCCGAAUCAAAGAUCAUCUCAUUGAUGUCGAGAAGAAUAGUGCCUCCCUGCAGAUGGAGAGCAGUCUGCUGAAAGGCCAGCUCAAACAGCUGGAGAACCAGAACACAUAUCUUAACAACCAGAUGUUGGGGCUGCAGCGACACACCACCACCCUGCAGGAGCAGAAUUCUAGCUUACAUACACAGACUGCAAAACUCCAGGUGGAGAACUCCACGCUCUCCUCCCAGAGUGCAUCUCUCAUGGCUCAGAAUGCCGUGCUGCAGGGCCAAGUCACCGCCUUGGAGUCGGAGGUGGAGACGUGGCAGAGGCAGCGCGAGGAGGCGUGGCGAGCCAGAGAGAGCGUGCUCAGCGACCACGAGCGCCUGCUGAGCGUUCACGAGAGGCAAGCGCAUGAGUACGAGCAGCUCAUCAGUCAGCACGCUGCGCUGAAGGGCAAGCAGAGGACGCUGGAGGGCGAGCACCGGACGCUGCACAGCAAGUGUUGCACUUUGCUGCAGCAGAAGGAGAAAUGGGAGGAGCAGGAGAGGCACGGUCGGAAAGAGAAGGAGGAACUGAACCAGGAGAUCCAAAAGAGUCGUCUUCAAGAGCAAGAGAAUCUACAGCUCAAAACAGAAGUGGACAGAUUAAGAGAGAGACAAACGCAGCAGUCAGAGCAAUGUGAAGGGCUGCAGCAGCGCAUGAAUGACCUCAAGAGCUCACUAAGCUCCGCCCAGCGGGAAGAGAGUCGAUGGAUGGCGCAAUACGAUACGCUAAUGGAGCAACACCAGGGCCUGGAUCUAACCAUGACCAAACUAGACAACCACUGUGAGUUGUUGAGCCGACUGAAAGGGAACCUGGAAGAGGAGAACCACCACCUCCUGAGUCAGAUCAACCUGCUGAGUCAGCAGAACCACACUCUACUUGAGAGGAGCAUGGAGAGCAAAGAGCUGUGUCACCAGGAGCAGAAACUAUACAUUGAUAAGCUGAACGCUCUCCGUCGCCAGAAAGAGAAACUAGAGGAGAAGAUCAUGGACCAGUACAAGUUCUACGACCCCACACCGAAGAAGAGGAGUCAGUGGUCCGGAGCCAAAGCGUUAGCCAAACUGAUCAAACCCCGGAAGGAGAGCAGCAGGGAGAGAGGGGCCGACCGAGACAAGGAGGGCGGCAAAGAGAGAGAGAGAGCAAAGAGCGCCCCAGACAUCCCACUGCCUUCCCCGCCCCCCCUCCUCCCUCCUGAAACCCCGCCCCCUCUACCCCAUCGCACAGCGAGUGACACGCUGGACAGCGGCCGUGCCCACAGUAACCAUAACAACCACACCAGCAGCACAAGCCUGGGACCCCAGAGUCCUGCGCUCACGCCCAUCGGCCGAGGUUUGAUGGACAGGGGCCGCGGUGUUUACCGUAGCAGUACUCCAGGAGGCAGCAGUGAGAGUGUCAAUGGAGAGGAUGGACUUGGACAAGCUCAGACCCAGAGAGCUCUGAGCUCAACUCCCAGCCAUCCGUCCCCCGCAUUAGGCCUCACUAGCUGCUCCAGACCGGGACAUGGUCUCGGCCGCAGGCCCAGAGGUCUAUUAUUUGAUGAAGACACCCGCCACAACUCCUCUGACUCCAUGUUUGGUCAACAUGGCAACACGGGAGGUCGUCCGGGGUCGGCAGACUUCAGCCACAACACCUCCAGCUCCAACUCGCCUGUCAACGGCAGAGACUCAUUGGUUCAUCAGGCUCGCUCAGCCAGCCUCUCUAGUGACGAUGUCAUGGGUCUGAGCCAAUCACAACAGACCUUGUCACGUAGCUCCACUCUUCCAUACGACCAAGCGCCCCAGAGAGCCCAACCGCAGCGCGGAGGCGGGGUUAGGUCUAAGACCCGCCCUGGGUCUCCUGGAAGUGAGAUGGUGACACUGGAAGAGUUUCUACAAGAGAGCAACAAAAAGUCCCCUCCUAUGGUGUCAACGGGAAGUAAGGAGGACUUGAUGAUGGACUAUUUCACCAGUAGUCCGGCUCCCGCUGCCAGAGAUCAGGCGACUCCCACCAGCUACGUCACGCCCACUGUGCAGUCGUCCAACCAGAGGCCGGGCCAGAGUGUCAAACCCUCGCCCCGCCAACCUGUAGGCCAAUCCCCUGCCUCGGGCCAGCCUGUCGCCCAGAGUAGCAGCCAAUCACUGAGCAGGGCUUUCAGCCUGGCCUCCGCUGAUUUGCUGCACUCCAACGGACCAGACAGUUUCCGUGGAGCUGAAGGCCAAUCGGAUGUGGUUGUUCGGAGACAAGGGGGAGGGGCUAGUGGGAGAGAACGUCCACUCUCUGCUCGGCUGGCCGACCCGACCAAUCAGCACGGAGACGGCAGCUUCCUGAAUCCGCCGAUUCACCAUUCGUCCUCUCUUAACCUGCAAACAGACAGACACACGGAGAGAGAAAGAGAGCGAGGGAAGACCGCCGUCUCUCAGAACGGCCCCACCUCGUCCUCCUCCUACCACCACCGCGGAGAGGUCGCCAUGGUAACCCCCGUAAGGGCCGUGCCUGCCACGCAACCCGACAAGGCCUCAGAGCACAGGGAGGUUUUAAGGGAGGGCCAGUCGGACUACGCCUCCCACUUAACGAAAGAAAGUGAGAGCUGUGACGCCGUGGAACGCCCGAAGAGCACGCCUGCUUCCCCUGACCCCAACAAUGACCCUCAGACUGUGUGGUAUGAGUACGGCUGUGUCUAAACACUGACACUAAUGGAAACCCAUUAUACUCACAACCACUGUCUGCUGGAGCUGAAUCCAAACCCUCAGUCACAAGCAAUCAGCCUCUGGACUCUGAUCUUUGUAUUGUGGAUACAUGUUAUUCUGAGAUACAAAAUCAACUGGGAAUAAGUCUAAAUUAUGGACAGCAAAAAACAAAUUUAAGCCCAUCUCUGCACAAAGGAGUCGUGGCUUCUGUUUGUAUUUUCUGGAACAAACCUUUGUAGCUUAACAAGUAGACCUGAUUCUGUAUGCCCCUAGCGGAUUAACACAGUAAGGAAGCUUCCUGAAUCAAAGGAGCUGCCAAGGAUUUCAGCCGCAACAAAACAACCAUGUCCUCACCUCAACGAUGGACCUGAAGAUACAAUGUCACCAUUUUUCAUCAAAAGCUGUAUCUCACAAGGGGACACAGUGUAGACAUAGAAUAGAAUAUACACUUUUAUUAAUCCCCAAGGGGAAAUUAGUUCUCUGCAUUUAACCCAUCCUUAGCUCAAUCACUGACGUUCUUUAGACAUAAACACCGUCACACUAUAGAUGGUUUCUGAGAAUGCUGAAAUUCUCUGGCCUAUGUUGUUUAUGAUCGCCCUGUUUACAAGCGUGUUUUUAAAUGUUUUCACAUCAAGAAAUGGAGAUGUCUGAAGUCUGAGAAUCCACAACAAUUAAAGCCCUACAUGCAGAGCUGAGGGCCAGAAUAAGAACGGUCUUGGUCUAUGAGCUGGAACUCUUUUGACCGCUGACACUGUGGGGCACUGCUAAUUUAUACCUGGAGGCCGCCAGUCCUACGGAACUGCACGCCUAGAAUUAGCCAUCACCGAAGUGAGUGGUUAGACUAAAGUGAAGGUCACAAGAAGCACCAGAACGACUGAAUGUAUGAGAUUUCCCCUCCUCUUUUCUGUCAUACUCCUCUAUUAUCUUGAACAAACGCAGGGAAAAGAGUGAGAGAGGAGGAUGGACUCUGAGAGAUUCAAGCAAAGCAACAGAUAUCGAGAGUGACGGAGUGACGGGAGGAUGGAGAGAUAAACGGGACAGAGGUGGAGGCUAAAUUACAGUCCUUCUCCCUGCAUUAAUCUUUAGAUGAUGUCCCAGCAUGCAACACUCUAAACACUUUACUGGAAAUGUUGCACAGCCCGGGAUAACACUAGCGCCACACACACACACACACUUAUAUAAUGAUAUACACAGAGGAAUUGUCCUUGAGGGGCUCGGUUGUGGCUUCACUAACCAAUGAGCUGGACCUAAUUUACACACACACACACCACUAAGUAAACCACUGUGUUUUGGUAUUGUGCACUGCUGCACGCUAAGUUAGACAGUAGUGAAUCUGAGUCUGCCCAGCAGAGAGAGAUUCAGACCUACUGUGAUCUAGAUAGUUAGAGUUUGUAUGUGAUGAAUUGGCAAUAAACUAAGAGCACCUCUUUUACACUGUUCCACACACCUUUGGUAUUGUUCAACCUGGACCCUAUUGUGUGUCUUUCUCUGAAUUAAAAGUGUCUGACUUUAGGCUGAGCUAUCGGAAGAGAGUCGCUCGCUGAAGGAGAAGUCGUGUUUUGGUAUCCUACGAGGUGACAUGUCACCAAAAGACGACAGAGAAACGCGUGAUGGAGUACAGAAAGAGACUCAGUGGCCAAAACGAGCUGUGAGUCGUCGGGGCGACUCGUUCUUCAGGUGCUGCUUUCAGCGCUCUCCAGGUUAAGGAAUACCAAAGUUACCCGAAACUGAAAAGUGUCUUCAUCACAUACACGGAUGCACACGUGAGAAACUCAUGCAGCGUCUCUCCAUGAUAAGACCUCAGUAUUGAGUUUGUCAUCACUCAGGGAGACGAGCACAGCACGUCAUCAUUCUCCUGGAAACACUGCUCUCCUCACUGCUAGUUAGAUGACUGUUUGGAGGGGGGUGGGGGGGUGUUGUGAAUACUUUGGGUUUCCUUUUAAACAAAGAAAGGAGGAGGAUGAGAGGUGGGGGAAAUAUAUUGGCCUAUGCCUUGAAGGCCGAUGAUGUCAAUGGAAAAACAAAGCAUCUUAUGCUAAUUAUUCUGACCUUGUGUCUGUACUGCUGUUUGAAAAUACGAAGCUGUCCCUCUUGUAUUAGUGACUGCAAAGACUUUCCUCAAAACACUAGAGUGAUGAUGAGGAGGAGGAGGAGGACGUAACACUGGAGAAAGUGACUGUUUGGCUGGAAUCCAUCAUGAUGAAACAAACGGCACACGUCAAUAUGCAAUGAGCUAAAUUAUUUUACCUGUAACAUUUGUAUAUGACAUUAGAUCUUUUAUAAACGGGGUCAAUAUUCCCAGACUUUUGGAUACUUUGUUUUGUGUAAAAUCCUGAAAAUGUUUGUUGAUCCAAAAAAGAAGAAACAAUAUCAGAACUAUUCCUGUCCACUGGUAAAAGUCACGCGGUUCCGAGAGUUGUAGAUACUUUUUAAAAGGGAAUACGGUUCUCGUAGUGGUGCGAUACACUGAUGGGCGAUGCUGUCAGUAGUAGGGUGGUGCUCUCAGUAGUAGGGUGGUGCUGUCAGUAGGAGGGUGAUGCUAUCCGCAGUAGAGUGGUGCUGUCAGGAGUAGGAUGGUGCUGUCAGUAGGGCUACGACCGGUCUAGUCACCUGUGUAGGUUGCGACUUUUAUUACGUCUCAAAUGAGGCCUGAAGAUUGUCAUAGAAACACGGUGACUGAUGAGAAUAUGACUAUUUUCACGAAAUAAAUGCACAUGCUAUCCUAUAGUACUAUAGUUUUCUACAUUGUAUACACAAAAUAAAUCAACUAUGCACCACUCCAGACUGAAAUCGUACGUAUUGCCAACACUUUAAGGCCUCUCUAUGUUAUUCGUUAUCAAAUGCUCUGUGUGUGUGUGUGUGCGUGUGCGUGCGUGUGUCGAUAGAAAUACAUUAAAUUCCAAAAAGCAAUCUUUUAUGUUAUCAAAGCAACAGCAUCUCACAAAAAAAACACACACACACUUGUGCAAAUUACAUUAUGUUAUUUGCUGUCUGGAAAGUGUGUGUGUGUGUGUGUUGUCUGCCCGUCCUCCUGCCCCUCACUCCUAUUGGUCGGCUUUACCUGCUGUGUUGAGAGCAACAGCACCAACGAUCCUCAGCGGGACUCCGGUGCUUCCAACGCGCUGAUCUGACGUCAUUAUUAACCGUGCGUGUCCAGAGGAACACAAAAGGACAGCCGCACGCUGCAGGACACACGAGAGAAGGUCACAGACACUUCCUGCUGUCACUGGAAUAACUAGAUGACUGUUGCUGACUGCUCUGCUGUGAUGUGACUUCUGUUUGAACAAAAAGAAAAGUGUGAGACGGUAGAAACUGAGGAUAAAGCUUUUUGGUAAUAAAGAUUUACAAACUUGGA